UUCGGUCAAGUGACCGUUCCAGUAGCCGGUGUCACUUUGCUGUCAGUUGAGUUGUCAAAAAAAAAAAAAACUCCAAAAUUGUUUUUAUUGUGAUCUGCGGUAGUUCUGUAUUCUUUACUGGCUUCAAUCAUGAACGUAAUUUUAGAAAACGUUCGUCAUAGGCAAGCUACCAAAAAUACGAAGUACUAUUGUCUUUACAAUUAUUACGUGCUUGGGAUUAAACGAUCACACCUUGCCAUAAAAUACUGUAAAUCGAAGACGACCAUAAGUUCCUGGAUAGCUGAGUACGAGCGCAGUGGAGCCUUCGGAACAGGAUCUCGACAGGCUACGUUUCCUAAGUUUGACCAUAUGAAGCGAAAAUGGAUUACUGAUUUAUACGAAAAACUCCCAACGUUGUACCUGGACGAGGCAAAACAACGAUUCACUUCCCAUUUCGGUGUGCCUAUUAGUGUUUCCUCUAUAUGCAAAAUCCUACACGCUCAUGGAUUGUCCUGGAAGGUGCUGAAGCGCAGAGCAAUUCAGAUUCGGGAGAGUGAAGUCGUCAAGUAUAGCAGGGAACUGUGCUGUUUUCAGUGGGACCAUCCGCAACUCGUGUUCUUGGAUGAGGUGUCGUUUGACAAUCGGGAUAUGUGGAGAACCCGUGGGUAUGGACUGAUCGGUCAGAAAGUCGUCUAUAAAGGAGAAUUUAGACGACGUCCAAGAGUAUCCACCUUAUGCUUCCUGGGAUAUCAAGCAAUACUCGACUCAUUUGAAACGGAAGGCACAUUUACGAGGCAAAAGUUUUUUGACGCUUGUAGGAAAAUGGCUCUUACGAACGGAAACAUAAGGUCCUAUCCAGGCCAGUUUUCUGUUUGGAUAAUGGAUGGCGCUCGCAUCCAUUGCGAUAAGAAUAUAAUAAAAUAUCUGCGAUCUUUGGGAAUUAUUCCAAUUUUUUUACCACCCUAUUGCCCAUUUUACAACCCUGUAGAAAUAGUUUUUGGAUUAAUAAAGCGAUAUGUAAGGCGCCACUAUGAAGAGAAUAAAGACGUUCCAAUGUCCGUAAUUGUUGGAGCGGCACUCACAAAAUUCACCAGCUAUGAUUGCACAAAUCUGUUCCGUAAGUGCGGGUAUUUCCCAGGAGGAGUUUUCGAUCCAUCGGUAAACAAAUAGUAUGAAAAGUAAGAAAAAUACAAUCAGGAAAUGGAAAAUCUCUCAGAAAAAUUGAAAAAUUAGAAUGAAAUAAAAUGUAACAGUUUAUAUUGAAUAUGCUUUUAUUCAUGAGAAAGAAAAAACCUUAUCGUAUUCAUUUGAACGAAUUUCAUUCUUGAUGGUCAACAUCAACCAUAUCUCCGACAGCAGAAGCUAAUUUCUUACUGAAUUCCGAUUCUUCUGGUGGCAUUGAACUUUGCAUUGCUUCGAGGAGUGAACGAGAGGUGUCAAUUUUGGUCUUCAAAUCAUGAGCCAACAAUUGCGCUUUGGACACCUCUUUAGUUAACUCAUCCACAACGUUGCACAGCUGGUUUACAUCUGACGUAACGCUUUCGCAGAUGCCAAACGCGAUUUGGAAUCCCCUACGUGUGACUUGCAGCUGGUUUCCCUCUGAGAUAGGUGGUGCUCUGAACAAAUGAAGAUAUUCAUCUGGAGGUGCUUCAUGUUUCAGCCUUGACUGUCGAUCCCCUGGUUGCGACAGGAUGAAAUUCGCCCACUUUUCCCAGGACGAAUACAACGCUG